AUGGGAGAAAAACGAAAAGAGAGCAGGCGUUGGAGGGGGGCAAAAUUCGUCCAUCAAAACUCUUCUCCUCCACCUUGCAAGUCUGUUUUUCUCUUUUUUUGUGUUCUCCUCUUUUGUGAUUACAACACUGAGUUUAACACGGACAGACUUUCGUUUUCGAGGUUUGGCGUUGGAGCCACUCGUUUGGACGCGUGCGCAUUAAACUUGCUGGAUGGUGUGAACAUAUCCUCUUCUGAAACGAGCGAAGAUUUGGUUUCAAGACUCGACGGUUUAACGCUCACUGUGGCGGCUAUUUGGGAUCCCGGGUACGUUUCCAUCGAAGGGGAAGCGGCGCCGACGCGAACGAGAGACUAUCCGGACGUGUAUUGUACCGAUUGCGGAAGUCAAUUGUCGGGGUAUAACUUUGACGUUUUCGAAAAGAUGGCGUCGCUUGGGAACUUUAAAACGAAUUGGACGAUAUUCGGGGACGUGGAUUCGAGCAGAGGGGAAACGUACGAGCAAAUGGCUUUGAACUUCACUCGCGACUUUGACGUGAGCGGACAGUGGUGGUCGGAUACGGCGAGAAGGCGCUCCAUCGGUAUCUCUUGCGGAUAUUAUCACACGGACAUUACGCGAAUAUUAACCGUGAGUAAGCAAGCGGGAAGCGGCGGAAAGAUUGAUUAUUUCUCUUUCCUUGCUCCUCUGAGCUGGCAGGUAUGGCUCACGCUUAUUAGUUUUCUGGUCGGUUACGCUCUUUUGUAUUUAUUCUUUGAACACCCGCACUUUAAUCUACCGACGUUCAAAGCUUCCGCGGCUCGAUCGAUAUUUUUAUCGUUCGAAUGCUUGACGGGAGGUUUCGUGGCAGAACCUGUGACGAAAACGGGCAUGGUGCUUCAAUCAGUAUUUAGCUUUUGCACGCUUGGUUUCAGCUCAUUAUAUACAGCCGCGUUGACAUCUAUACUCAUCGAGGAAGCGAUAAGUACGAUGGCUAUCAAUACGUUGAACGAUUUGCAAGAGGCUGGCGGAAGAGCCAUCAUGUUCACAGGAGACCCGCUGAAGUCUCGAAUACUUGCCCAGAAUCCUUGGCUUAUUGCUACGGAUGUCGCUCGAAGUGAAAUAUUAGCGACGAAGAAAAUUGACGAUUUGCUCAGUAAGUACGGCUCUCAAGCGGUGAUUCUUUCUUCGGCAGAUGCGGGUACACUUGUCCAGCAAGCAACUAACUGUGACGCCUCCGCGAAUGGUAUAGUCUUAGCAGCUGGCGGUGGAUUUAUUACGAACUAUGACGAUUGUCAUUCGGAUAUAACACACAUCUUUGAUACAAUCUUAUUAGGCAUGGAAGCGGAUGGCGUAUUGGAUGAAAUAUUGAACAAAUACAGCACGGAUACAUGCGAUGCAAAUGCAAGCGCGAGCAAAAUCGAUUACACGAUUGCGUUAGACAAAACUGCUGGUAUAUUCAUUAUCUUAUCUUGCGUCGUUGCUCUGCUCUUUUCCAUAUCGUUUGGGAGAAGGAGGUUUAAAUUUCGACACGUCGAGGAGAAGGCGAGCGAAGAAAAGGGAGCCGACGAGAGUAACCUUUAA